AUGGCCGCCGCCGCCGCGCUCUGCCGGGCCCUCGCCCUGGCACCGGCGCUGCUCCUCCGCCGCCAGGCCCUCGUGUGCCUCCUCUCCACACAGGCCCAGUCCUCUACGGCCCCCACCAUCAGCCCCGCUGAGCUCAUCCGCAUUAAGAACUCCAUCCACAGCGCCGCCACGCCGCCCGACGAGCUCGCCGCCCUCUUCCUGAAAGGCAUCCCGCACCCGCCCUUCCUCGGCGACCGCUCCAUCUUCUCCCUCACCGUCUCCCGCCUCACCGCCGCCGCCCGCCCCGACCUCGUCUGCUCCGUGCUCUCCGCCUUCCUCACCGCCCUCCCGUCGCCGCACCCCUCCGAGGGCUUCCUCAUCCGCCUCAUCGAGCUCUACGCCGCCACCGGCAUGCCCACACACUCCCUCUCCACCUUCCUCCUCGUCGUGGCCCCUUCGCCCUCCUCGCCGUCUACUACGACACCGGCUAGCCCGCCCGCGCCAUCUAGGCCUUCCGCGACCUCCCAGUCGAGCUCUCCAUCACGCUGGGCGUCGUGUCCCACAACGUGCUCCUCAAGUGCAUGGUCGCCAUGGGGGACGUCGCCGGCGCCCUCCAGGUGUUCGACGGAAUGCCUAUCCGCUCGUUCGUCAUCGAUCCUUAUAUUGGUUGUUGCAAAAUUGCUAUGA